GGGGGCUGUGAGGUGAAGCGAGGCCUUGCACAGGGCCCCACGGUCCUGAUGCGUGUCCCAGAGUGCUCCCACUGAGGGGGGGGGGGAAAAACCAACCCACCCCCUUUUUCUUCAGGGCAAGGAGGAAAUCCCCCGACGCUGCAGCCCCUCUCCGCAGGAAUUGGUCCGUAACGAGGCCAGUCAUGUUCCCUCCUUAGGGAUUUUUUUUUUUUUUAAGUUAUUCUGGGUUUUUUUGAGUUAUUCUGGAAGCAGCGUGCGCUGCCUGCGGGGACAGCGGCGGUUUGCAGCUCGGGCAUCCAUCUGGGUUGGAUUCCCUGUGGGCUGUGAUUGCUGGUAAUACACAGGGCACUUGCUGCUUGAGAGAGCGCAGUUGAGGGCAACGUGUGUCUGGUCACGCUUUUCUCUUGUCGCCGAGCUCCCAGGCUCUCCUCCAGCCCCCUCGGGUGGGGAUUCGCAGGGCAGACAGAUAUGUUAAAACUAGAAAUGGGGAAGACCCCAUCCCAGGGGUGCGCUGGGCCUGCGGGGAUGAGGAGAGUUAAAAUGAGGCCAAACGUGGAUCGCCGUCCCUGGAUUUUAGACUGCCAAGCCAGCCCUCUCCCUUUGGCCUGGUGGCGGGGACGAGGAGCGCAGCAGUGUCACUGCUGCUGCUGUGGACGGGGACGCUGCGGCGAAGGGGGUGUCACUCCCUCAGCACUGCCCAAGGGUGGAAAGAAAGUCCGGGAGCCUUGAAUCCCGCUGCUGUCUCUGAACUCUUCAGCCAUCCCUGUGCUUGCUGUUUGCAGUGUCAACCCCACGAAUGUCACCUGAACCCACAGCCACCGGCACUCCUUUGAAGCCUGGAUGGCGGAACGGAAACUCCUUGUUCUUUUUGGCAGCCAAACUGGGACGGCUCAAGACACAGCCGAGAGAAUUGGCAGAGAAGCCAAGCGACGCCACUUCCAGUGCAGAGUGGAGGCGCUGGACAGCUAUGACGUGGCCAACCUCAUCAAUGAGCUGUUGGUGGUAUUUGUCUGUGCAACCACCGGCCAGGGUGACCCACCUGACAACAUGAAGAUGUUCUGGCGGUUUCUGUUCCGGAAGAACCUGCCGCCCGGUUCCCUCUGCCAGCUGGACUACGCCGUGCUGGGCCUUGGCGACUCCUCCUAUCCCAAGUUUAAUUUUGUUGCGAAGAAGCUGCACAAACGGGUGCUACAGCUUGGGGGCAACCCUCUGCUGCCAGUGGCGUUGGGAGACGACCAGCAUGACUUGGGGCCAGAUGCAGUGGUUGAUCCAUGGCUCCUGGCCUUAUGGGACAAGAUCCUCGCCUUGUAUCCUCUCCCUCCUGGCCUUGAGAUCAUCAGUCCAGAUGUACGCCUGCCCCCCAAAUACACCCUGCACUACCUGGCUGAGGACUCCCCGCACCCCAAUGGUGGCCUGCUCCAGCCGACAGCACCCAGGGCUGUUCCCUCCGAGCUGCAUCCCUUUGCUGCCCGGGUGGUGUCCAAUCAGCGGGUCACGGCAGAAUCCCAUUUCCAGGAUGUCCGGCUCAUCGAGUUCGAUGUCACAGGCUCAGGGAUCACGUUCGGUGCGGGGGAUGUUGUGAUGAUCCAGCCUCAGAACUGCCCCGAAGACGUGCAGCAGUUCUGCCAGCUCCUGCGCCUGGAUCCAGACAGACGCUUUGUGCUGAAGCCCACAGAGCCCGGCGCAUCCCUCCCUGCCCUCUUGCCACAGCCCUGCACCAUUCGGCACCUGGUCACCCACUACCUGGACAUCUCCUGCGUGCCGCGGCGCUCCUUCUUCGAGCUCUUAUCCUACUUCUCUACGAACGAGCUGGAGCGGGAGAAGCUGCAGGAGUUCAGCUCUGCACAGGGCCAGGAAGAGCUGUACAGCUACUGCAACCGGCCCCGCAGGACCACUCUCGAGGCCCUCUGGGAUUUCCCUCACACCACGUGUGCCAUUCCACCCGAAUACCUGCUGGACCUCAUCCCUCGCAUUAGACCCCGCGCCUUCUCCAUCGCCUCCUCCAUGCUGGCUCACCCUGACCGCAUCCAGAUCCUCAUGGCAGUAGUGCGGUACAAGACACGGCUCAGCAAACCCCGCUGUGGUCUCUGCUCUACCUGGUUGGCUUCUCUCAACCCAGAGCAAGGUGAUGUCCGGGUGCCUCUUUGGGUGAAGAAAGGAGGAUUGAAGUUCCCAGCUGACCCUGACACCCCUGUGAUCAUGAUUGGCCCUGGCACAGGGGUGGCACCUUUCCGAGCAGCGACACAGGAGCGAGUGGCACAAGGACGUAGAGGGAACUACUUGUUCUUCGGCUGCCGCCAGAAAUCCAAGGACUUCUACUGCCAGGCGGAGUGGGAAGAGCUGGUGACAAAGGGAUUCCUGACGCUCUUCACUGCCUUCUCCAGGGACCAGGUAGCUGCAGGUCCUUAAAUGACCAGCUCGGAGCCCCGGCCUCGUCGGCAGAGCCUCUGUCAGCACUUAGCUGAUUAAUGUUAAUGAUGCCGAAGCUGAGCUACCGGCUGGCUGUGUUGGUGCUUGCGACGGGCUUGCUUACCUCCUGCAUCGCCGACGGCUGGGUCGGAGCAGUGGAGCCGUGCCCGGCGGUGACCUGACUCUCCAGUGCAAUGCAGCCAGUGGAGCCACGUGGGACCGGCUGACCGCACGGUGACCAGCUCUUGUGACAGCCGGGGCUGGUUGCUGCUUGGGGUUGUUCCCACGCACACCUCCAGCCUGCAGCGUGCCGGGAGCCUGAGACGCAGCAAGAGCCUUGCUGCCUUUGGGGCUGGACGGGAGGGAGGAGGACGUGGGGAGGAGGCUGCGCCCGUGGCUCAACUCACCGCUGUGCAGAGCCUGGCGUGGUGGGACACGCGGCAGAGGGCCUGGCCUCCAUCACAGUGUCACCUUUGUCACGGAGGAGCCGUCUGGGCCGGCAGUGAAUUCAGGCACGUUGGCAAUGGUGUUCCUCUUGGGCAGAAGCCAGGGCCGUAGGCAGUUGCUUGGAUGUGUGAAGUCUUGUGGAUUAACCCUUUGGGAACUCUCCUCGGUUGAGCUAUACUGUACCAAAAGCCAGUUGUAUCCAGUCCCUAAGCACAGCGGAGGGGCAGGGAGUGGGACCGAGGCCGUCCCUCCAAGCUUUCUGCCCUUCCAAGCUGUUUCAGGUCUCCAGCAGGUGACAGGGAUGUGGGGAAGGGUCUCUGCCCUGCAGCAACCUUGGCACUGGGGGGCCACAGACCCUCCUCUGCCCAUGCUGGGAGAGGAAAGGGCAGGAGGGGAGCCUUCGCAGGGACUCCCCAGCUCAUGGCCUUGGCUGUUCACCAGAACUGGAGCAGGCAGGGGGCAGCCAGAGGAUUUGGGGAGGCAACUUGGGGCGCGUUCCCCACCGAAGCUCCUGCUGCUGCACCCAUCUCCCACCAGCCCAUCCCAGUGCACUGACAUGAGGUGUGGGGAUCCCCUUCCCUGUGUGAUAGUUGAUCCAACUGCUUCUCCCAGUGCCCCCUGCUCUGGGGGGCUGCGCUGCCCCGAGCUUUUGCAAACAGCACCUGAGAACAUUCCCCAGGGGCCGGGCAGGCGUGCUGGGGCUGGGGCUGGGGCUGCUGCCGGGGCUGGCGGGCUCAGCACCG